UUACAUAACUAGACAAAUGUAACAAAUGAUUUGACUCUGCAUACUCGAGCAUUAAUAGGCGAUGUAACAGACAACAAGAGAGAGAGCAAGUAGGAAGAUUUGGACCAAAUCAAUGGUGACACGUGUCUCAUCCAACUUCUCUUAUAAGCAACGUUUCCCUCAAUCAUUACUUCACUCACUCCUUCUGCAAAUGCUUCAACUCACGGUAGUUUAUACUCCGUAGGUUGAUAAAGACGAAACGCUCGCUGUGUGUGUUCACGGAUAUACAGAGAUGCUUCAUUUUGUUCUUGUUUCUUUUGUGUUCUUCACCUCUAUCAGAGAUGGAUGUGCAAGGAAAGGGGUCACCAGUUCUUUUGUUAGGUCAGAGUGGCCAUCUGUUGAUAUCCCACUUGAUCAUGAAGCAUUUGCAGUUCCAAACGGUCAUAAUGCACCUCAACAAGUGCAUAUCACACAAGGUGAUUAUGAAGGAAGAGCAGUAAUAGUCUCAUGGGUGACCCCAGAUGAACCAGGGUCCAGCCAUGUACAAUUUGGCACAUCAGAGGAAAAAUUUCAUGCUAGUGCAAAAGGCACAGUUUCAAAUUACACUCUCGGCGAAUACAAGUCCGGUUACAUUCAUCAUUGUCUUGUUGAGGGCCUUGAGCAUAGUACCAAAUACUACUACAGAAUUGGAAGUGGUGAUUCUUCUCGAGAAUUUUGGUUCGAAACACCUCCCAAAGUUGAACCAGAUGUCCCUUACAAAUUUGGGAUCAUUGGUGAUUUGGGGCAAACAUUUAAUUCUCUUUCCACUCUUGAGCACUAUAUGGAGAGUAAAGCACAGACUGUUCUAUUUGUUGGAGAUCUGUCUUAUGCUGAUAGGUAUAAGUACAGUGAUGUUGGUUUACGGUGGGAUACAUGGGGCCGAUUCGUUGAGAAGAGUACAGCAUAUCAGCCAUGGAUAUGGAAUACUGGAAACCAUGAAAUAGAGUACUUUCCUUACAUGGGAGAAGUUGUCCCGUUCAAGUCCUAUCUUCAACGAUAUACUACUCCCUAUUUGGCGUCCAAUAGCAGCAGCCCCCUUUGGUACGCAAUCAGGCGUGCUUCUGCUCAUAUAAUUGUACUAUCCAGCUAUUCACCAUAUGUGAAGUAUACACCACAAUAUAAAUGGCUCGCUGAAGAGCUGACUCGGGUUGAUAGGGAAAAGACACCUUGGCUCAUUGUUCUCAUGCAUGUGCCGAUCUACAACUCUAAUGAAGCUCACUAUAUGGAAGGUGAAAGCAUGCGAGUGGUUUUCGAGAGCUGGUUCAUCAAAUAUAAGGUUGACGUAAUCUUUGCUGGCCACGUCCAUGCUUAUGAAAGAUCGUAUCGAGUCUCCAAUACAGAUUACAACAUAACAAGCGGGAUGCGGUAUCCAGUAGCUGACAAAUCAGCACCUGUGUACAUAACAGUUGGAGAUGGAGGAAAUCAAGAAGGUCUUGCUUCUAGGUUUAGAGAUCCUCAGCCAGAAUACUCAGCAUAUCGUGAAGCAAGCUAUGGACACUCCACAUUGGAGAUAAAAAAUAGAACCCAUGCUAUUUACCACUGGAACCGCAAUGAUGAUGGCAAGAAAGUUUCAACUGAUUCAUUCAUAUUGCAUAACCAGUAUUGGGGAAAUAAUAGGAGAAGAAGAAAACUGAAGCAUUUUCUAUUGAAAGUUAUUGAAGAAGUUGCCAGCAGUUAAUAAGAAUUCGUUAUUGAAGAAGUUGCCAGCAGUUAAUAAGAAUUCGAAGAAAUCUCAUAUUUGACGUUCUGCAAAGAAUUAAAACGUGCCUCCUGAUUAAUAUAUGCUGCUCAAUAGUCUCGGAGUGAGUGAAAUGUUGGUUGUCAGAAAUGUUUGCAUGUACUAUCGUUCAGUGCUAAUAAAAUGUUGGUUGUCAGAAAUGUUUGCAUGUACUAUCGUUCAGUGCUAAUAAAAUGUUGAACUGAUAUGUUUGUAUUAAGAGAAAAAUGCUUCAGACAAAAAUAUUCUUUGAUA